AUUUUCUAACCUUUAACUAAACAUUAACACAAACGAACAACCGACAAAAUAUGUUGAUAGCGACUGCCACUUUCUUCAUAAACUGUCUAUACCAUGGCUUUACUUCAGUUUAUUUUACGAUCUGUAUGUUGCAUGCAGUUUUGCCGUUCGGUCUCGAUGUUGGGAUCAUCGGUGUUGGUGCUUAUUACUUGACGAGACUGAAGAAAGCCCAGCAGAAUAAUGUGCUCAGUAUAUUCGGGCCGGAGCCCGGGAGCAAGGAAGGAGAGCUGCAUCCCGAAAAAGUGGUUCGAUGUAUUGCUCACAGAGGCGCUGGCUUGGAUGCUCCAGAAAAUACUCUGGAGGCCUUUAAAUACGUGGGUUCUUUACGAUUUGUCAUUAUUGUUAUUAGGAUUAGGUAAUUAUUGUUAUAACUUGAUUAAAAGCUCAGUUAAUAAGAUUUAGUUAAGAUUAACUCGGACCCCCUUUUUAAUAAACGAAAACUAAUUUUGGAUUAUUUCUGUCUCUGUCUCUGUGCAUCGAAUGACAAAUUUGAGUGACAUGAACAAAACACGACGUAACUAAUGUAAGCUUAUUCCUUGUUUAUUUAUAAGGGUGCUAAUGUAAACCAGAAUUGUGGGUGCAAACAUCUUUUGUUUUUAUUUGCGAUUUUCCAUGAUUCUUAAUUUAAAUUUGAACAUUAUUCUCUAACGAGAAAUAAAUGCCUGUGUGUGUAGACCGGGACUGCAAUUUUGUGGAAUUGGAUGUGAGGUCUUCGAAAGACGGUCAGUUGGUGUUGCUUCAUGACCAGGGCCUGGAACGGUUGGCCGGCUCUAACAUCGCAGAUGUGCGUGCGAUGGAUUGGGACGCUAUCAAGAGCAUCGAUGUCGGAGCUACACAUCCAAAUCGGCAUCACUUUAAAGAAGUACACCUGUGCUUGCUGGACGAAGCGCUAGACUAUCUGCUGGCCAACAAAGUGCGCAUGAUUAUUGAUAUCAAGGGCGAAGACAAGCAGGUUAUCAGCGGUAUCUUGAAGACUUUCUCUACGCGGCCGACUCUGUACCAGUACGCGGCUGUGACUUGCUUCAAUCCCAUAGUUUUAUACCAAAUACGCAAGAAAGAUCCCCAGAUAGUCGGUGCUAUAAGUUACAGGCCGUACUGCUUCAGUGCUCUCGAAUAUGAUGCGGAUAAUGGACCCAAUAAGCUGAGAUUCGGCCACAACCUAGCCGUGCACGCGGCUUUGCGCGGCGCAGAUUUCAUACAUUCUCUCCUGUGGCGUUGGAGCGCGCGCUGGUGUGGAGUUAGCGCCGUGUUAUUGCACAAGGAUAUCGUCAGCCCGAGUGAGGUACAGUACUGGCGCGAUUUGAACGUGCGAUGCGCCGGUUGGUGUGUAAACAGACCACUGGAGAAACUUUACUGGCGGGGUGUACUUCGAGCCCCCUACUUGGCCAACACUUUACUGGGCGAGCCCGAUAUGGACGAACAACAACGGAGCAAUUACGAGAAAUUCAAAGAGCUCGAUUAACGAAGAUAGAAGCUUUGUCUAUUGUAUAGAGGUUAGUUCAUACUUUCAUACACCAUUGUGCCAUGCGUGUGGGGUUACCAUCCUUCGAUUAUUUUUGUUAGAUCUAAUAUUUUGUAUUUACGUUGAAUUGGGAAUGUAUUGCUUAAUAAUUUAAGCUAAUAUUUCAAUUCUUGAAAAGAAAAAAAAUUAAACUGCGUGUGUGAUCAUUUGUCAUUCAUGUUUUUUUUGUUGAGGUUGUAGUUUGAUUAUUUCUUUGACAUCAUUUAAAUGCGAG